AGUUCGAAAAAGACCGGUCGUCUGGGUUUAUCGAGGAACUGAAUCAUCAUCAAGAACAAGAACAACUACGCCGGAGUAUACUUACAACUAUCUAUUCAUAGAAUAGAUACGUACUUACCCAUCUUGUUCUGUGUAAGUACUCUCCAUAACUAUAUUAUAAAAAUCUGUUUUUUUGAAAAAUUUCUGGACUAAUGAUCUUCCGGAUUCCACCAGGAACAGGAAGAUAGAAGUCUGCUCUUACUCACUACAACCACCUCUAGAGUAGGUACAAUUAUCAUUAUCUUCUUCGGAUCAGGGCAUUAUUAUUAGAUGUUGCUCGUUUGAGAAGAGAAAGAUAUUCAGUCCUUUGGUCUUCCAUGGUCCACCUCAUUAUUUAGGAUAGUAUUGAGUAUUAACCUUAAGCUGGUGGUGUAACCUACCUAUAGUAUUAUUAAGAUUAAGAUUGACCUGGUGGUGUAGCCUAGCUAUUCAAGAAUAUUUGAAGAAUUGGUCUAGUACUUUCUGAUAUUUUUUUAGGUUAUCGAUCCUCGUGCAUGAUAUCUAUUUUAUUUCCUUUCAUCAUUUUACUACUAGUAGUAUGAUCUUCAACUUCUGCUUGUUCUUCAUCUUCAAAGAUCUAUUAUCAACAUCUUCGGGACGAAAAACAUCCAAAGAUCUAUUGCUCAACUAAAAAUUAUCAACAUCUAUGAUCAUCAAACGCCUCUAGUGCUAUACAUAGGUACAACGAUUAUUCCUUAUCAUCUCUAUCACGAAACUGGAAUAAGAGUUUUUAGCUUACAAAAUAUAUUUAUAUGAUAAUAGAAGCAAAGCAGGUUAUUUGAACGCAUUCACUCCACUCAAAAACAAGAUAUUCAUAUAUAUUUAUUAUCAGUACUAUCUAACUCGAAACCUUGAAACAAAUAAGCAAGUAAUAGUGAAAAUUGUUCAAAAAUUAUAGUUGUUCUGCUUCCUCUAAGGUAGGUAGCACUAGCAUUGGAGCUCUCAAAUUAUAGUUGUUCUGCUUCCUCUAAGGUAGCAUUGGAGUUCUCUUUGUGCUUUGAGGCUGUUCGCACAGGAAACGAUGAAGCUGUUCCAUCUUAUGGUCAACUUUAAGGAGUAUCCAUCUACUGAGAAGAAUUUCAACAUUUAAGAUACGGAAGAAAAGCAGAGAGAUGAUUCAUCUCGCUCUGCUUCCCUUCCGUAUCCUUUUGCCCCCUCCAUAGAAGAAUAGUACAAGCAGGGAAUGAAUAAAGGUGGUCCCAGGAUCAGACGCCGAUGGGGUCGGAUAGAAGUUGCACAACUAGAAGUCUCUCCGUUGGCUUCUUCAGGUCCUAUGCUUCCCUAGUAUGCUGUAACAGUGCUUGUUCACCUCUGGUGGAAUUGAAUUAUUGUACAGGUGGUACAUACAUUUUUACAACAUGAAUCUUCCAUGAGUUUCUUCUAUGACUUGUUUCUUCUAAUGAAUUGCGGCCGCUCGUGGCCUGGAGCCUUGGGGCGGAGACGAAUCUAGUUCUGGGACGAUCUUCUAAGUUCUUAGCAGGAGGCGCACGCUUCUUUGACCAGACCUUCCUUGAAGAUUCAGGUGGAGUGUCCUCAGAAGAAGUGUCCGAAAUGCCUGCGUCCGAAGAUGUUGGUCGCGACGUCCCGUACAUUGGUACAAUAGGCCGUUGUAGUUCUUCGGGACAAGGAGGAGCGUUGUAUGAUGAUGAUCCUCGUCUUCGUCAAAAUCUUCAAUAUGCAGCUCCUGAAGAUCAUAUUUACGACCCGGCUGCAUUGCGGUGUAGUCGUGCCCCAGACGAGCAUUUGUCCGAAAUGCCUGAUAACGCUGGUCACGACGUCCCGUACGUUGGUACUCCCGAUCGCCUCUUCUCCGAGAUGUCUUGUUUUGGACAACAAGAAGGAAUGGAGGAGCUGCAUAAUCUCUUACUUAAGGCUUCGUCAGGGAAAUCUUAGGCAUCUUGCCGAAUAUAUUGAUAUUCAACAAAGCAUCAUCACAAAGAUCCCAUCUGGAGGCCUCUUUUUCAAAGGCCCAGGGAAAAAGGGCUCUCAACUUCAGCAAGGUAGAAGCUCUAAUCUUCGUAACGGUCAUCUUCAACUUGCCUUUGGUCUGCCGAGGGAGCAUCAUGAUCAUGACGAAGAUGAAGAAGUGGAUGUGCUUGAUGAUGUUGAUGGCCGUACGAAUCCGGAAAGAACAGGUGGAGACCCAAAGCCGUCUGUUGAGAAAGAACCACUUGUUGAUCAAGUACAUACACAUGUUGAUCAAGAACCAGAGCCUGCUUUUUAUUUACUAGAUGAAGAUGAGCGUAGUACUUCUGUACGCGAUGCAAGAGCAGGAGGAGGUUUACUAGAAGAUGAACAAGUACGCGAUGCAAGAGCAGGAGCCUCGUCUUUUUCUGUGAUGCAACCAGGACAAGGGAUAGAGGACGAGGCUUCUGCCCAGACAGGUACGAGCGCUUGCCUUCAGCAAGGAGUUCCUGUCGUGGCUGCGGCAACAUAUCAGCAAGGUGGCGCUCUUGUAGGACAAGGAGGUCGCGAUUGCAGUUUUCUUCCCGCGCCGAUUAUCGCCGCGGGUCCGGCUAUCAUGCUGGUGCCUGUACCUGUUGUACCUGUGGUAGGAGCAUUCUUUUUAAGGCUCAGCCUACAGGAAAUUGGCUUUUAGCUAAAUAGGAUCAUGACGCAUACUUAAACAAUUAGACGGCCACCUUAUAUACGACCCCAUGAAUGGGUAUGGGCAGCACACUACGACUGCUCCUAAUACUGGCGCCUAUUCCUACUCGUCUCUACUCCUACUCGUCUGUUGUAGUAGAAGAGGCCAUGCCUACUUAGGUGGCGCCUACUCCUACUCGUCUGUUGUAGUAGAAGAGGCCAUGCCUACUUAGGAUCAUGACGCCUGUGCAACUAUUGAAAAGGUAGAAAGAAUAGGAAAGCUAAAUAUUUCACGUAAAUUACGUGCCGAUCUUCUUCAAGAACGCCUGUGCAACUAUUGAAAAGGUAGAAAGAGUAGGAAAGCUAAAUAUGAUUUUACGUUAUUACGUGCCGAUCUUCUUCAAGAAGUCCUCUAAUGUUGAUGCAAAUGGAACAUCAAGGUCAAGGAGCAGGGGCUGCUCAAGUGUCGAGUGCUGUGCGACCUGGUAGUGGUCACAACUGUGGCCCACGACCUGUAGUUUAUCACCAUUACAACAACUGUGCAGUUGCUCCUGGAGGUGUGCAGCCUCCUCAGUGUGCUAAUUUUCACGCAUCCAGUUCUGCAUCGCCUAUGCCGUCUGUUAUAACCGAGACCACCGCGUCGUCACCGGUGUCGCGGCCGGUUGAACAAGCGGCUUCGCCGACUCCUUCUGUUAAGAUAAGCACUUUUUACUUAGAAAAAAAUUAAGUGGCAGCUUCUUGUUCAACCGAAUUACCAUGUUAAUUUGACUGAAUAUGUAGCAUUCGUGAAUGGGAGCAAAAGUUCCCGAGCGUUUCACCCUAGCCCGGUUCCACUCUAGUCUGUGUCAUAUAAGUACUUAAAGGAACAAAGAAAUUUAGUAAAUGGUCUUCAACAUCAUGUUCAUCUACUUGCAACAUGUAUUCCUGAGUUCUAGGCUCAGACUGUUUUUUAUUUGCUGUAAAAAGAAUCACUGAACUUUGGUCUUCCUCGGUCUGCGGCUCUAUUUAUGGAAGAAUGAGCCACCAAACAUCAAGAUGGUCUCACCUUCUAACUUAAGUUCAGCCGCUUCUUCAGCGAGUUCUGUCUGUUACGAUCACGGCAGACAGAUCAUAUCCCUUUCGAGCGCCCUUGAGAACAAUGAAGCUCGAGCGUGCUUGAGACCCCCAUCAUCGCUCGCUUCGCCUGAGAGUGUGCCAGAAAAAGAAGAGAGGAGCACAAGCAUGGAGGAUGCCGCUGCUGCUCCUGAAAAUAUAAUGCGACCACAUACUCCUGGUCGUGUCUCAUCUCAGUCUGGAGGAGGUUCAGGAGCCCCUCCUCGUCGUCCA